UUCUUGGGAUAACUCUCAUCUGGAGUGACGACUGCUGUAUAAAAACUGACUUGACCACUGGCAAGUUGACUGGAACAUUGGCAGGUCAACUGGUACUGCUUGGGUGGGCUCUAUACGACCCACUGUGCCGUGUGUGUUUGAGUAUAAUAUCCAAUGCAAAUAGAAAUACAUUUUGUCUCAACAAAAAUCAGAAACUAUGAUUGUUAAGGUUUUGGCUGUGACCUUGGUGACCUUGACCCUGCUGUACAUUGUCAAGGUUGUGUUGUUUCUAGGGUUUCACCUGCACUACAAGCGUCAUCACCCAGGGAGAUGCAGCCGCGUCAAGGGACACAACUUUGGAUCUGAGGACUUUCACGUGACCAGUGAUGGCUUUGCUUUCAUUACUUCCGGUUUAACCCUUUCUGGAGCAGCCCCACGUUACAAAGAAUUCAUCACCACCAAUAAGGUCAAAGGUCGCAUCGUCUUGUUCGACUUCAAUAAACCGGAAGCUGGGGUCACCGAGUUGAAAGUUCGACCCAGUCCAAAUUUUAACCCGGAAACGUUCCACCCCCACGGCAUUUCUCUUCUGGAAGAUUCCACGAGCAAGCAGCAUCUUCUCUACGUCGUCAGCCACCCCGACAACCUGCCGGACAGAGUCGAGAAGUUCCGAUUUCUGCCGGAGACUGGCGAACUCGAGCACGUCAAGUUUUUCACGGACGAAAAGUUUUUCCUGCUCAACGACCUGGCGGUGGUGGCGGAGGACCAGUUCUACGUCAGCAACUCUAACUACUUCACCACCCACUCCCUCUUGUUCUUGGAGAGUAUACUUCCGGUUUCACUGACGACAGUGGUGUUUUUUAAUGGCGCCGAUUACCACCACGUGGUGUAUGACGUAAUCAGUCCAAACGGUGUGAGUUUGUCAGCUGAUAAAAGAUAUGUGUACGUGACUUCACCAAUUCUUCAAGAGUUGAAAGUCUAUCAGCGCAAGGGAAGCGACUCUCUAAAUUUGGUGCAGACAAUUAAUCUAUUUACCUCCCCUGACAACAUGCAUCUCUCCAAGGACGGUAACUCCCUGUACAUCGGCUGCCACCCUAUCGGCUACCAGCUGUUCCGGCUGUUGACUGAUCCAGCAAACGUUGCCCCGUCUUCUGUGCUAAAGGUCCCACUUGUUAACGGACUGCCUGACCUAGAUGACGUCACAGAGGAGUUCUACGACCACGGUGACCUCAUCUCGGGGUCAUCUGUGGCCGUCUGCUACAACAACACGCUGCUGGUGGGCUCAGUGCUGGACAGUCUCGUCAUCUGUGGGGGGUGUCAACUGUGA